AGUGGCCUCGAUACUAGUACAGAACACAGCCACACUUAGCCACGCAGUAAAGUAGUCAGUAUUUUCAGCUGCUAGGAAGGCGUGCGCCGUCGGUAUGGUUCGUUGGCGGGGUUCGCAUGGUGCUUUGCAUGCAUGCAUGCACGACGAUACUGUUAUAGGGGCCGGGGCGGAGGGGGGAGAGCUACAAUACAGUGCAGCCGUUAAAGGCGUGCGGUGUACCAGACACACUCGCGCUGUCGAGCCUGCCGCCCCUGUUGUAUCCCCUACCUAGCUACCACGUACGUAGUACUCACCCUUACACACACACACAC